AUGGAUGUGUCCAGGGGAGGUUUGCACUACAUGACUGAGGAGCUGGCAAGGGCAGGAGGAUAUCGGGAAAUACCACCAUAUUUGGUCAAAUACCAAGCAGAGCUCAGCUCUAUCACUGGAAACUUUCUCGUCACCCACUUCAGGGAGGGCAUGAAGAGCUGCCUCCCCAGAAUCUAUUUCCUGCCUUCCUUCUGCCAGACCCCCCAGGCCUUGCUCACAGAAGAGCCUUGUUGGGAAGCUGUCCAUCCAGGGAACCUGAUUGUCUCAGCGUGUGCUGUGGAUGCUGGUGGUCAGGUGGCCACAAGCCAGGAGCAGAGAUGCUGUCCAGCCAGCUUCCACCAGACACACAGGACACUGUCCUUUUGUCAACAGCCCGGGCUGCACCUUGGUCCAAGGGAGGCAUCCCCUGCUGUUGCUGCUGCUGCUGCUGCUGUCAUCAACUGGUUCCCUACAAUGCCUUCAGCUCACAUUCUGCUUGGACUCCUUGCUGUCUCCAUCUUCCUCUCCCUGACACUGGGUGUCCCAGGGCAGCCAAAGACCAAACUCCAGCAUCCCAAAGUGAAGAGGAAAGGGGCAACGAGGCCAAAAGUUCUUCUCCCAGUGGCUCAGGGACCCUUAGACUUGGUCCAAAGGGUGAGGCUGCCGGGGGAGAAGGGGUUUGCCUUAAUGGAAGAAUAUGAGAGGAGCAUUCAGGAGAUGGUGACCCAGCUGAGGAACAGCUCAGAGCCAUCCAAAGGCAAAUGUGAGGUCAACCUGCAACUGUGGAUGUCCAACAAGAGGAGCCUGUCUCCAUGGGCAUACAGCCUGAAUCAUGACCCAGCUCGAAUCCCCGUGGACCUCCCUGAGGCCCGCUGCCUUUGCCUAGGCUGUAUCAAUCCCUUCACGAUGCAGGAGGACCGAACCAUGGUGAGUGUUCCUAUUUACAGCCAGAUCCCUGUACGCCGUCAUCUCUGCUCCUUGUUUCCCCGACCUGGCUGGAGACAGCAGAAGGCCUGCGCCCCAAGGACUGUCAUGGAGACUAUCGCUGUGGGCUGCACCUGUAUUUUCUAA